UGUUUAGAUCCUUUUUAUUACCAACAUGUGUUUCGUUAUCGUGUGAUCAUAAUUCUGUCAGUUUGCCUUUGAAUUUUGACGGAUUGAAAAAUGACGGAACAAAUAUCAGAAAUGCCCACCUACAAGCUUACUUAUUUCCCGAUCAAGGCAUUGGCCGAACCGAUCAGGUUCAUGCUGUCCUACCUCAAUAAAGAAUUUGAGGAUGUACGGGUGAAAAAGGAAGAUUGGCCGCAGUACAAGGAGUCUAUGCCUUUUGGCAAGUUGCCAGUUUUGGAGGUUGACGGGAAACAGCUCCACCAGUCGACCGCCAUCACUCGCUACCUUGGAAAACAAGCCAAUUUAGCCGGGAAGAAUGACUGGGAAGCGUUACAGAUUGACAUGGCCGUUGAAACCCUUCACGACUUCCGUGCAGCUGUUGCUGGUUUCUGGUACGAUGACAACGAAGAGACCAGAGCUAAAAAGAAGGAAGUUGUCCUGAAGGAAACAGCACCAUUUUACCUUACUAAAUUUAACGAGCAGGUUGGCAACAACGGUGGUUACCUUGCCAAUGGGGCUCUGUCAUGGGGUGAUGUCUAUUUUGUAGCCGUUGCCGAUUAUCUCAGUUUCAUGCUCGGGUAUGACUUGUUUGAAAAAUACUCCAACCUAAAAACCCUUAAGGAUAAUGUCCUCGCUACUCCUGGGAUCAAAUCCUGGGUCGAAAAGCGUCCACAAACUGACCUUUAAUAGGUUUAAAAUGUUUACAGAAUCACUUAUAAAGUUUAAAAUCAUGUUAUGUUACACGUUUGUAUUUUCUUGCGCAAAUAAAUUUUAAAAAGGUUGUGCAAGUAUUUUUUUUGAGAAAGUUGUAUU